UCUUUCUCUCCCGAUUGCCUCUGUUUCUUUUUUCUAAUCUUUUUAAUUUUUAUUUUUCUGUAAUUUGACUUUUAAUUUUAACCUGGCUUGCUUCUUACAAUCCUAGACCUUCGUCGUCGUCACUUUUUCUUCUGCUGGAAGCUCCUCAAAUUUCCAGAGACAUCACAGCACAACUGACGUAAUGACAACAGAGGAAGAUAUCAGCAUACCAGAUCUGAAAUCACAGUUGGCGAAUGCACAGAGCCACUGGAAGCAGGAGAGGGGAAGAAGCCAGUCUCAAGUGGAUGCGUUACAAGAGAAGCUUAUGGAGGUAAAAGCUUGCAUACACGGCUCUGAAGCAGAUGCUAAGAAGGAGAUGAAAGUUCUCUGGCAUAGAGUCAAAACGUCUGCAACAUUGUUGACAUACUUGAAAUCAAAAGCCAGAGUUAUGGCUGUUCCUCAUUUGGCUCAUACCUCUUGCGGCAUCAAACGAUUGGAGGGUGUGGGCCUUGUUGAUAAAAAUGGUGUGCCGUUGUCUCAAUGGUCAAGGAGCGUACGUACUUUUUUUUCCGACAGUGCAGAUGAGGAAACAUGGACAGCGCUUAGCAAUCAGGACGGUGCUCUUGAUGAGCACGAUGGAAUUUACAUAAGUGAAUUACUCAAAAGUGUACAAAUGGUUACAGAUGUAAUGGAAACUCUCGUGAAGAGAGCUAUCAAGGCGGAAUCUGAAACGGUCACUGAGAAGGAAAAGGUGACAGUAGGACAGGAAGAAAUAAAAAAGAAGGCAGUUCAAAUUGAGAACAUGUCGCUAAAAUUAGAGGAGAUGGAACAGUUCACAAUGGGUACAAAUACUAUUUUGAACGAGAUGAGACAGAGGGUAGAAGAUUUGGUUGAAGAAACUUCUAGACAAAAGCAGAGAGCUGCCGACAAUGAGCAGGAGCUUUGCCGUGUUAAGCAAGACUUUGAAUCCCUGAAAUCUUACGUCAGUACUCUAAUUAGCGCAAGGGAAACAUUUCUUUCAUCAGCAAAGCAAAUUCAGAUGAUUGAAAAACACUUUGAACGGCUUGUGGCCAAAACAUCGCAAUUGGAAAGUGAGAAGAUGCAGAAGGAAGUCAAGGUCCAGAGACUCAUGGAAGAGAAUGUGAGACUUAGUGCUCUAGUGGACAAGAAAGAGGCCCAACUCGUAGCCAUGAACGAGCAGUGCAAGGUUAUGGCUCUGAACGCUUCCAAUAUAUAAUUUGACACCUUAACUCAUUUGAUAGUGCUGUCAUUCUUGUGCAACCCCAGUUACGCGUCGUCUCUCCUGAUAUUGCUCGAGCUUGACAUUCCCUUCAUGUUGUAUUUUCUUAUUUGAGAAGUCUUUGGUCGAUUGUAUGUAACCCAGUGCAGGUUGUGAUUAUCCUGCUGUCUUGUUAUUUCUUCUGAUUAUGUUUUCUUCACAUUUCAUGCUUACAUAAUCUUGAUAUUAUUUUCGUCUCA